AUGAACUCCCUGUGCACUGUCGUCGCCCUUUGCGCCAUCGUGGCGUCUGCAACUGCGGGUGGACUUGGAGGCCUCGGCUACGGAGGAUAUGGACUCGGCUAUGGCGGUGGCUACGGCGGAGGCCUAGGCUACGGCGGAGGCCUUGGCUAUGGGGGAGGCCUAGGCUACGGGGGAGGCCUAGGCUACGGGGGAGGCCUGGGAUACGGUGGCGGCUACGGCGUGGGCGGUGUAGGCGUCGGGAGCAGCGUGGCCCUGUUGAGCGGAGGACCCGCGUUCGCCAAGGUUGUGGCUGGGCCUGCUUUCGUCGUGAGGUCUGUCCACCAUGUGAACAAGGUUAGCGGAGGAGGAGCCCUUCUCGCUCACUCUGGUCUCGGCGGAGGAUACGGAAGAGGCGUCGGCUACGGUGGAGGUUACGGUGGAUACGGAUACGGUGGAUACGGCUACAAGGGUUAA